GUCAGUUUUCCCACUCUCUCUGGCAGCCCAUUUCAUCCUCACUUUAUCUCCGAAAGAACUGGUGACCCAUCUCUCUGGCUCUUCCCUGAAACCCUAGCCCUCUCCUCCUUCCUCUCUCGUUCUCUUUUCACAGCCACCACCGCCUCCCUCUCCUCCGCUCACUCCCUCUACUGUCUCUCCUGCGCCAUUGCCUCCGCAAGCAAGCUCUCUCUCUCUCUCUCACACACACACACAAGUGUUCUAAAAAUCCUAGGCGCUGGGCGGUAGCUCUCCAACUCAAUUAAUGCCAAAUCGGCAGGGUUGGGCGGGCUGGGGUUAGGCGACCACCUGGGCGGCCUCGGCGGCCGACUAGACGCCUGAGAGGGUGGGCGGCUUGUCUAGGCGGGUCUCCGCGUUUAUAUGUUUUUUUUUUCCCCGAUCUGCUUAAUCAUGCUGCGAGAUGCGAUCUGCCUCUCUCUCAAUCGACUACCACGCGCCUCUCUCCCCGAUCUGCUUAAUCAUGCUGCGAGAUGCGAUCUGCCUCUCUCUCUCCACCGUGAGUCUCUCAAUUCGAUUAUGGGGCUCUGACUCCUCUCCAAUAUUGCUCCUCUGUGUCCUCUCUCAAUCAUCAGCCUCCAUCUUUCUCUCUUUAUAAGUUAUUCAGUUCUCAAUUAGAUUGAUAGAUUCAAUUCUUCCGUUUUUGAUUUGAUUUAUUGACUGGGUUUUCUAAAAUUUGUUGUUUCUGGGUAUAUGAAAUCCAUGUUUGUGUUUAUUGAUUGGAUGGUUGCUGCAAAUCUGCAAUUGCAAAUGAAAACUGGGUUGUAUGUUUCUUGUGCUGUAUUGGUUUGUGUUCCGAUAGUGGAAAAUCAACCUCCUGAGGUAUUCAGAAAGAUCAAUUUCAGUGGAUACCAAAUGAUGGAAAUUGAAAAUAUUGGAGAUGCUGAUAGGCUACCACAUAUUCUUAGCUGACUAUGUAAAAGUGAUGGGUUUUGUUGAAUUGUUGGUUUUGUUCUUUGUGUUUUCAAUUGGGAACUUAUGAAUUGGUCAAAUUUCUAUUGCGAAAAUGAGGAUGCUGCUAUGUACUUAUGCAGCUUUUCAUGAUUGUGCGGAUAUUGUAUCUGAUUGGAUCAUGAUCACUUACUACGAAACAAUUGCAGAUGGUUUGUUUGAUUGUUUGGAACUUUGGAUUAUACUUGUGAAUCUGGGAAAAAAAGAAGAGCAUGAUCACUUGCUACAAGUUAAUGGGAGUGAUGGUUGUUUAAUGUUUAUUCAAACAAUUGCAGAUGGUUUGUUUGAUUGUUUGGAACUUUGGAUUAUACUUGUGAAUCUGGGAAAAAAAGAAGAGCAUUAGCGAGCAGCUUUGUUUUUACUUUUUAGAUGAAAAGCAAACAACUUUGUUUUAUGUCAAGACACAUGGUCUUAUACUCUUGUUUACUAAAUAAUAAAGAAUGCUCUUUUCCUCCCAUAAUUGUUAUGAACUACAUGAUAAUUCAUAGUUGUUUCCAUAGCAGUAUAAAUCAUUAAUAUUCAAGAUUCAAUUAUAUUACUCUUUAUAUAUUCUUAUAUAUAAAUAAAUGCUAUAAAAAUAAAAUAAAAAAUAAAAAAAAUAUGAAACCGCCUAUAGGCAUAAUUGGGCUUUCAGUAGCUGCUUUGGUGCUGAUUAUUUUGUUGAUCAGGUAAUAUGUCAUCAUUUAAUAAUAUAUCCUUUUAUUAAAAAGAAUAAUCUAUAUGCUAUUAAAUAUAUUGUUUAUAAUCUUAUCAGCUACACUGUUAUUUUAAAUUUCAGAUACUCUGCGAGAUUAGAAUUUGAUGCGGAUAAAACUAGCUUUCUUAAGGCUGUAUAUGGAGGUGUAAAGAUUUUCACCAUUGCUGUAAGUGAAGUUUCUGGAUGCUUGUUAGGUUUGAUGUUUUAUGUUGGCCUCUUUGACAAUUUUAGAAUCAUUCAGGUUACCAUUCUAGUUGUUGCAGUGCCUGAAUGCCUACCUUUGGUUACCUUGACGGAAGUAGCAGCUACCACUUUUUUCUUAGGUUGUAAUAAUAUUGGCAGAUAGUUUUCUCAUAGCAGUAUUGCUCUAAUUUAUCUUAUCAUCUUUUGUAUUUGGACUUCAACUUGUAACAGGCUAGCAUACUCAAUGAAAAAAAUUAUAGGAGAUAUGGCAUUGGUGCGUAGACUGUCGGCUUGUGAAACUAUGGGCUCAGUGACUACAAUUUGCAGCUGAAAAAGUGGCAUAUUGACUUUGAAUCAGAUGACUCUGGUCGAGGCAUAUGUUGGGUUAAACAAGAUAUGUUUACCAGAUGAUUUGUGCAAGUUACCUGCAAGUAUUUCCACUGGACUAAGUGAAGCCAUUGCGCUGAAUACCAGUGGGAAUGUGUUUAAGACACAGGAUGGUGAAGUAGAGAUCUCUGGAAGUCCCACAGAAAAGGAUAUACUUUCAUGGGCAGUGAAGUUGGGAAUGGAGUUCAAUGCUAUCAGAUCCAAGUAUGAGUUUCUUUUUGUGUUCCCUUUCAACUCAGAGAAAAAGCGCAGUGGUGUUGCAGUGACAUAUCAGGUUAAAAAAUUGAAGUGGACAAACACGCUCGACCUCGUUUGCUUGAUUAGUCCUAUGCUGAUGAUUUUUGUUUUUUUGCCAUCUUGUCUUGGCAGGAUAAAAUAAUUAGGAACCCUAAAAAUCUGAUUUGUUGUUUUUUGUGUAGUUGGGACUUGAAAGUUGCACAUAUUGAAGAAGUUGGGAAGACCAGGUUUGGGAGUUUAAAGAUUUUGCUAACCAACUCCAGCAUCUUCCGCAGCUGCAACUGAAACAAUCACCUUUUGAACAAUCGGAGCACUUACUAUUUUGAACAACAUCCAGCAGCAACUUUUGCUAGAUUAACUUAUAACCCUUUUGAUGUUUCAAGAAAGGUUGUAGUUUUACUCAAUUUAUGAUGUACUUAAGGAAAUAAGAUGUAUUGAUUUGAUUUUGGCGUGGUUUGUAUGUCCAAAAUGUGUUCACUGCCUGAUGCUUUAAGAUUGUGUAUAAUCAGAUUGCUUGAAUUA